UGUCAAAAAAAUUAAAGUUUGUUUAUUUCUUCAGCAUAGUUGUGUUUAAAAUGAUUAAAUUGAAACAGGCACUGCUACUUGCUUGCUCUAUUUGUUGUUUAUUAACACAAAUCGCUAGCCAGGAGACCAACAACCAGCUACCCGAGAAGUAUGUAGAAUCUGUGCAACGUUCAACGCACACCAACAACUGGGCUGUGCUUGUGGAUGCCUCGCGGUUUUGGUUCAACUAUCGCCAUGUGGCCAAUGUGUUGAGCAUCUAUCGUUCAGUGAAGCGGCUAGGCAUACCUGAUUCACAGAUUAUACUCAUGCUGGCUGAUGAUAUGGCUUGUAAUCCGCGAAAUCCUCGCCCCGGACAGGUCUAUAAUAAUGCCAAGCAGCAUAUUAAUGUUUAUGGUGAUGAUGUGGAAGUAGAUUAUCGCGGCUAUGAAGUGACUGUGGAAAAUUUCGUGCGGCUGCUGACAGGUCGGACACAAAAUGGUACAGCUCGUUCGAAAAAAUUGCUAACCGAUGCUGGCAGUAAUGUGCUC